GCAACUUGAAUUAGCGCGCAUUUUUUAGACUAAAUUUUAUUUUGUAUAUAUAAGUUUCCACUUUUUUACUGAAUACUUUAUUUAAUUUUUGGUGUUAGUUUUGCUUUUUACAUUGGUAAAGCAGUCUUUUACUGUCUCUUGCUUAAUUCGAUUGUGCUGCAAUUUUCAUACAAUAGACUGAUGUAAAAAAGGAGGAAAAAUGGACAUUGUUGCUGAUGCGGAAGAAAUCAUACCUCCAACUCCAAAAGCUUUAGGCAAUGGAUUUCUUCUUUCAAGAAUAUCUUCAAAUUCAAGCAAAACUUCAGGUUUAUCCAACAGAAAUCAUAAAAAUUGUAAUGCAAAUUUUAAACGUAAAAAAAUUGGUGGUAUCUCACCAGAUUUUAAAAAAUCUAAGCAGAAAUCCAAGCAAGUAACUUUAUUAAAUUUUUUAGCCAAAGGUAAUGAAACAAAUAAAACUGCUCCUGUUUCAGAGUCGGAUCCUAGUAAAGUAAGAGUAAAUCUUACAAAGAUGCUUGAAUUACCUGCCCAAGCUCAUAAAAAAGAAGAUGUUAAGGUAAUAGAAACUGUUAAUGAAUUUUCUAUUUCUUCGACUUCACAAAAAGGGACUGCUAACAAAGUUUUGAAUUUGGAAUCUCCUAAAGAGGAAAUGAAAGUUUUGUCUUCCUUUAAUAAUAUUAAUGAAACUUCUGUAUAUGACUUUAAAAUUUGUUCUGAAAUUAAAUCUGUAAAAUUGGAUUCAGAGAUGAAUAAAAAUAAAAUCAGUGAUUCCGUAUCAAGUACAAAUCUUGAAUGUGAUAAUGACUUAGUUAUGAAGAGCAUAGAUGAAAAUUAUAACACAAACUACUCAAAAGAAGAUGCUGGGCAGUCUUUCUCAUGGUUGAGUGAUAUAAGCUGGGAAGGAAUGGAAGAUAAUAUGGCAGAAAAUAAAACUGAAGGCUGUGGACACUCAAAAGAAUGUAAGAGGUAUAAAGUAAAGGAACUGAACAGAAAAAAACCAAAUGAGAUUAAACUGACUUUAAAAGAUCCUGAUCCAAAUGUCACCGAUUUGAAAACUUGUAUUUUACGAGGAUUCUGGACAGAUACCUUGGUUAAUGAUGGAGACAAUGUCAAUGUGCUAGAAGAUUUUAAAAACAAGCAAGCAGUCAUUGAUGAUAAUAAUGGUUUUCUAGUAGUAAAUCCAGAUUUUCUUGUAUCAAGCACAGCUGUAGUUUCAACAUUAUUCUGCAUGAGGAAAGCUGUUUUUAAUUAUAUUUUACCAAAGUGGUCACCAGGAAACAGUAUUAUGAUUAUAGGAAGUUUAGUGCAUGAUAUAUUUCAACAGGCCGUAAACAAACAUGUGAAUUGUGCUGGAGAAAUUGUAAAAAUUAUUGAGAAAGUGAUGAAGAAACAAGAAAAUCUACUUUCUUUAUGCUGUCAAGACCUUACAGAAGAAGAAAUAAGAGUGAAAGUUAUUAAAUUUGUUCCACAUAUUUUUGACUGGAUUGUUAAAUAUUGCAAUUUUAAUGGAAAAUCAGGCUCUGAAAGUAUUCAAGUAACUGAAAUCCGAGAUAUUGAGGACAAUGUUUGGUGCCCAAAGUUUGGAAUCAAGGGAAAAAUAGAUUUGACAGUUAAUGCAGUUUUGAAAAAUCAGUUUGUUCCAAAGUUGAUGCCUCUGGAACUGAAAACUGGUCGUCCAACGUUUUCUGCAGAACAUGUAGGACAAGUGAAUUUAUAUUCACUUAUGCUAGAAGAGCGAACUAAAGAAGUUUCAGAUGGUCUUCUUCUGUACUUACGAGAUGGUGUCAAUAUGAAAGUCAUACAAAGCAAUCACAACUCAAGAAGAGGCUUAAUUCAACUCAGAAAUGAACUUGCGUUUUAUGCUCGCAAAUGGUCUGCAUGUGCAUUGCAAGAAAAUGAGGAUAUAGAAAUGUGCCAUCUUCCAGAUCCAAUUAAUGAUAAAAGAUUAUGUGAAAAAUGCCCUUACCUUUUGCCAUGCACAGUAUAUCAAAGUGCAUUUUCUGGAGUUAAUACUUUUGAAGCUUCCCAUGCCAUGAAGAAUCUAGUUCCAAUAUUUACAAGUCAUCUUAACAAGAAUGAUUUAGAAUAUUUUAAGAAAUGGUCAUAUUUAUUGCAAUUAGAGUCAUCAAAUAAUGCUGAAGUCAAAGCUUUUUGGGAUGAAGAUGCUGUAAGCCGAGAAAGGCAAGGAAUGUGUCUUAGUUGUGUUUGUUUGGCAAGGAAUCAGUCAGUUAGACAAGAAACUGAAGAUGGUUUAUUUGUGCAUACUUUUCAUCGAUCAUCAAAUAGUACAGAAAAAUCUAGUUUUAAUAUUUUUGGUCUAAAAGAAGGUGAUUAUGUGGCAAUCAGUAAUCAAGAAAACCCUGAUGAAGUUGCUAUUGCUAUGGGCUACAUAGUAAAAAUUCAUGAAUAUUUUGUAGAAGUGGCAGUUGAAAGAGAUCUAAAUACUGUGGCCCGCUACAAAGAUUGUGUGUUUCGCAUUGAUAAGCAAAUAUCUUCCAGUUCAACUGCCUAUAUCCGUAAUAAUUUAGUACAUUUGAUGGCUGAUGAUAAUCAAGCAACAAAAUUAAGAAAAUUUAUUAUUCAAAAACAAGAGCCACAGUUCGUAAGUUCAUUGCCUAAACAGGUUGUAUUAGUAGGACGUCCAAUUUUGAAAUCUCUUAAUAAAGUUCAACAGAAAACUGUACUGAAAGCACUUAUGGCAGAAGACUACUUUCUCAUCAAAGGAAUGCCUGGAACAGGAAAGACUACCACAAUAGUUGCCUUAGUCAGACUUAUGGUAAAAAUGGGAAUCUCUGUUCUUUUGACUAGUUACACUCAUUCUGCGAUAGAUAAUAUUCUAUUAAAACUGAUGGGACAUAAUGAAUUUGUAAGAAUUGGACCAAAAGCCCGCAUUCAUCCAGAUAUUAAACAGUAUGCAUUUGAGAAUUUAACCAGGGAUUUUUCAUCUGUAGAUGAUUUUAUUACAUUUAUGAAAGAAAGGAUGGUGGUGGCAACAACAUGUUUGAGUGUGAACCAUAAAAUUUUCCAAAUCAGAAAGUUUGAUGUUUGUAUUAUAGAUGAGGCAUCACAAAUUAAUCAGAUUGCUUGUCUCGGACCAAUUUUUCAUGCAACAAAAUUUAUUCUUGUCGGAGAUGAUAAACAGUUACCUCCUCUUGUCAUAAAUGAUAAAGCUCGACUUCUAGGGAUGCAGGAAAGUUUAUUCCAGAGACUACAAAAUCCUAAGAAUUGUAUGGAACUAGUUAUACAAUACAGAAUGAAUGAGGAAAUAAUGAGACUCUGCAAUGAAUUAACAUAUAAUGGUUCUCUUCAGUGUGCAUCAGAGCAUGUUGCCCAAGCUGUGCUGGAUCUAAGUAGUGAACUGAAAAAUACAUCAACCUCUUACCCUGCUUGGCUGUUAUCUGUAUUUGAUCACAACUUGAAGAAAUCAGUAUUCUUCUUAAAUACUGAUAGUAUAUAUUCUUCUGGAAUAAAGAGUACUCAAGGCCAAAGUAGAAAUAAUACAGAAGUAGACAUAAUAGUCAUUAUUUUACAACUUAUAAUAAAGCACAAAGUAGCUACUUCUCAUACUGGAAUAAUAGCCCCAUACCGAAAGCAGGUAGAUUUAAUACAAUGUAAGUUGAAGGAUUUGAAUAUAGAAGGCAUUGAAGUUAAUACAGUGGAUCAAUAUCAAGGCAGGGAUAAAGAUAUUAUCAUAAUUUCUUGUGUCAAGAGUAAUGAUGCGACACAGAAUUCUGAAAAGAUUAGUGGCAUACUUGAUGAUGAAAGGCGACUAAAUGUUGCUAUUUCAAGAGCAAAGAAAAAAUUAAUUAUUCUAGGGAGCAAAGCUGCAUUAGUGUGUUAUAAACCAUUUGAAAGGUUAAUGAAAUGCUUAAGGCCAGAUCAAUUUCUAGAUCUAUCUUUAACUGAUAUCAAUUUCAAUAAUUAACACAAUUAUAGAAUAAUUUAUAUAGUGAUAUUUAUAAAUUUAUACAGUAAAAAUAUUUUUAUACUGAGGUAUUUAUCAGAGUUGUGUUAUUUAUUCAUUUAUUAUUUCUUUUGAUAUUGCACUUGGUUCUCUUCAUUAUAAAAUAAAAAAAACUUCAGAUCCCCCCUAAGCUCCCCUGGUAUUGCUGAUGAACUUUUAAAUUUUGAUAGGGAGUUUUUAUAUCUGAAAAACUUAUUAUGUGUCAUUUUAAAAUAUUUGUAUAUUUUAAUAUUAUUUAUAUGUGUGUAUGUAUAUAUAAAUAUAUCUAUGUAUGUGUAUAUAUAUUUUUAAUCAUCAUUGGCAUUAUUUCCUUUCUUGCAAGUUUUAUAUUUUACCUCAUUUUGAAAAUGUGAAUUCUGAAAAGUUGCUGAUACGUGCGAUUGCUUCAUUUUUACUUUUUUAUUAUGUUUGCUUCUACUUAUGAGAGCUCUGUUAAAAUUCUGAUUAUGAACUUAUAAAUGGAUGCAAAAUAGGACUUUGAGAUUUAUGACAAGUAAUCAAUCUUUUUGUAGCAAUAAACAGAAUAGAACAUAUGUUUUGCCUGUGGCAAGUAAAUUUUUAGGCAUUCUGUGCAGGGUUAUCAUAAGAACUAAGCAUUAGGAAAACAAGACAAAUUUGAAUGUGUAAAAAAAAAAACCUACUUAAUAAUUAAAAAAAAAAAAAAAUACUGUGCUGGAGACAUGGUUAAUAAAACCAAAUCAGACAAACUCUGAGCGAGUAAUAAAGCUAUAUGCUUAGCAAUACUCUUUUCUCAUAUAGGAGGCAAUACAUUUACUUACACUAAGCUUUUGCAUACACUUUACCAAUCCUCUUUUUGCAGAAUAUACUUCAGCAACUAACCUGGGCACUGACUUCAUGUAGAUAUAAGAAAUUUCUCCUGAUAUAUUACCCCAUUCAUACUUAUAAAAUCUUCAGCUUCUCUUCCGUAGUGGCUUGUACUUUCUCACCUGUUUCAUGAAAACAUGCAACAUAUUCUAAAUGCGACUGGGAUUGAUUGAAUUAUGGACAUAAUCCAGAACAUGGAAUUCAUUUUGAUAAAAUGGCAUAGGAAUAGAAUGUGCAGUAUAAGAUCUUGUUGGAAAAGCAAAUCUACCUGUGAGCAAACACAAGGUACUGAAUGGGGCAAAUGCUAUUAUAACAUUAUCUGACACUGCUUUGCAUUGAUAGUUCCAUUAUAUGAAAGAAAAGUGGUAAUGCCAAAAAAAUAUAAAGCACACCUAUGCUCGCAAAAUGUCUCAAAACUUUUUUUUUUUUUUUUUUUUUUUUUUGCUUCACACAGUUUUGGGUAAAUUCUUCAUUUGGACAAUUUAUGACUUUUGGAACUGAGAAUGUCAACUCAUCAGACUCAAUCAUUUUUUGCAAUCCACUUUCUGUUCAGUUCCUUCUCUGCAGAAGCUUCAUGCAAAAAUGCUUCUUUUGUUGAACUGAUGACUAUAUAAACUUUCAUUUUCUCUUGUGGUCCAUGAUACAUAAUUUCUUACCUAACGCUCAUCAAGAUGCAGGCACUACAUACACUUAUAGUAUAUUUCUGUAGCUUUAUUGCAAGUACCAGCUUGUUUUUUCUAUGAAGUGGUUUUUGAAGGCCUACUAUUUUUGUUUCCAAUUACUUUCAGAGAAAUAGACACCAAGGAACCAGUUUAUUGCAAUAUCUGAAAUAUUAAUUUUCCCUAUAGUUUUUCUGGUUGUUUUUAAAUUUUCUCAGAUAUCUACAGUCCUGAUCUCUGCCUUUCCAUUUUUCAAGCUGCUAACAAUACAAAGAAGGCACCCAAUGUUAUACUACCCUUCUUCACAUGUUCUUGAUUGUAAAAAUGACGAAGCAACAAAAAUUUGCUUAUAUAGUCAAGUUGAAAUUGUCAAUUGCUGACUAUGCAUAUAUAUAUAUCACUUACUAAUUUUAGGGUAAUAAAACUUCCAGGCAUAUCACAAUUGAAAUCUAUGUCUCAUAUGAAAUGCUACCAUUAAUAAUUAGAUCUUUUAGAUCUCCUUUGAGAAAAAAAAUAACAGAAAACAUUGAGUGGAUUUUUUUGUUGUUGUUGAAACUAUAUCACACAUUUCAGCACUACAUUGUCACAUUUUGCAUGUUUCUUUCCCCACAUUUUUGGCUUGGUACUAGAUAAACAAAACAUUUCAGAACAGCAACAAGGAAUAUUCUUUAAUUUCACACUGCCUACAUUAUUUUUUCUUUUUGUGAAUAAGUUUUCAGCAGUUUCUAGAAUUUUGCUGCAUCCAUCGAUUUUAACAUUAGGAUGAAAUAGGAAGAAAAUUACACAUAUCUCUCUUACAUUUUUAUUCUAAUGCACCCUUGUGUUGUGAUUCAUUUGAAACAAGCUUUAGUUUGCAAAACUCAAUAGAUGUUAACUCCUAUUAUCAAAAAAAAAAAAAAUUGUAUGGUUGUAACAAAAGGAACGCACAAUUUAAAGAACCAAUUUUUUUGUUCCUGCCAUGAAUGAAGGCUAGCUAAUCAUUUUGACUUCGAGUCCCAUUUAAAUUUCAUGAGGUGAAUAUUUGAAUGCAAUCUUCCUUUGUAAAGAAUACCUCUUUCUUGGUGAAGUGGGAUAAACACUUUGCUCUUUUAGUAGAAUUCCUCCCCCCCCCCUUUUUCAUGUUGAGACUCACUACAACAUAAUGUUAAAUAAAGAGUAACUAUUGUUACAACUUGAGGGAGUUUCCCCCUACACUAGAUGUUGCCAUUCUCAGUGCCUUACUAGUGUAUUUAAAUGUGCACUCAUAUUGCACUUUUUCAUCUGUAAAAAUUCCAGGUCAUUGAAUCCACUGCAAUAAAAAAGUGUCCAUCCUGGAAAGAAGUUAAAUCAAUUAUUUGACUCCUCAUGCCGAGGAAAUAUGUUAAAAUUUUAGAAAAAGUGUGAAGCAGAAAAGUACUGAAUUUUUAUAAUAUCGGGUUUUAAUGAAAGUUUCCCACCACAGCAAAUUUCUGCACAAACAGUUUUUGUUGGCAUAUUUAAUCAUAUUUUGUCAAGCGAUUUUUUGGCAUUUGAAACGAAGAGUCUUGCUUUAGAACACUGUAUUGUGAAAUUUCUAAGAAAAUAUCACUAUCAAAGUACAAAGUGUCCGAAAUGGAACUAUCACUCUACCAGAUUAGAACCAUCAUUUACUUCCAGUUCUGUUCCAAAAAGUCAGCUACAGAAUGUCACCAAACCAUGUGUACAGCCUUA